UGAAGUUCUGAACUGCGUAAAUCUCAUCUCGCUCUCUCUCUCUCUCUCUCUCUCUCUCUGCUUUAAAUCCCCCUCGCUAAAAAGACUCGUAUAUUAUUAUUAUUCUCUCUCCAGAGUCCAGCCCCCUCUCUCUCUCUCUCUAUAGGCAGCAGCAGAGAGAGAACGACUUUGGUUUUUUUCUUAUUUUUUUCCUCCCCUGGCCUUCCCUCUCAUUUUCUUCCCUGCGAGUCCCCCAACCCCCCACCCACCCACGAAUUCCCACAUUCGUAAGCCAUGAAAGCUUAGCUCUCUUAAGUCAGGUAAACCUCCUCUGCCGUCUCUUCUUCUCUAUCACUUUCUAUCUAUCUCUGUGUCACUUCGUGUGUGCUAUGCUCCGUUUUGUGCUCUCGUCUUGGUUAUUUUACAUUGAGUUGACAAUCGAGGUCAAUCGAUACAUAACCAUGAAGACCCAUUUGCGCAGGCUUAAGUUUUCACGUGGGUUUUGACGUUCAAGCUCUUCCAUGGAGAUGGAUUCAGUUGAACUGUAUCAUGAAAGUGAGUGCACUGAAGAUGCUUCUCCUGAACAGUUACAUUCUUUAGGUUCUCCUGAUAUAAGUGAUAUAUUUGGAGAUCCACAGGUACUUCCUCGAGUUGGAGACAAGUACCAGGUUGAAAUUCCACCUCUGAUGGCUGAAACUGAUCGUCUUCAGCUAAUAAAGAUCCCAACUGAUGCAGAAGUCAUGACAGUUGAUGUUGCCCAUUCUUUUCAAGUGGGACAGUCGAUCCCAAUUAUGUGGGUGCAUAAUAAACUUAAUGACAUAAAGAGUGAAACCAUGGAGUUUCUGGAUGAUUUGGAUAAUGCAAUCAAUACAAAUGGAUCAAUGGAAUGUAUAAAAGGCAAGGAAAGCCAAAUAAGUUCAAGUAACACAGACUCAAAUCUUGAGGUUGAACCAUCAGGCAUUGCACUGGGCCAUGGGAAGGGACAAAAUGAAUCAGAAAACGAAAAACCUAUGGUGGUUGGUGAUCAGAUGGAUGUGGAGUUCCCUUUGCCACAACAAAACAAUUCCGUCCAGUAUCAUCAUGCCAGUGGCAAAUGUGGCUAUCCAGUGCCAGGCUCUCUUGGUGAUCAUUGGAGUGACAUUGAGGAGAAGAGCCUUAUCCUUGGUCUAUAUAUUUUUGGGAAGAAUCUUGUUCAAGUGAAAAGAUUUAUUGGUGGUAAACAGAUGGGGGAUAUACUGUCAUUCUAUUAUGGCAAGUUUUAUAGGUCAGAUGCACACCGUAGAUGGUCAGAGUGUCGGAAGUUGAGAAGCAGACGGUGCAUACAGGGACAAAGAAUUUUUACAGGAGGAAGGCAACAGGAAUUGUUAUCUCGAUUGCUUAUGCAUGUGUCGGAGGAAAGCAAAAACACAUUACUGGAGGUCUCUAAGACAUUUGGAGAGGGAAAAUUCUCAUUAGAAGAAUAUGUCUCCACUUUAAAGGAUAUAGUUGGCAUGAAUAUUCUUAUUGAAGCUAUAGGAGUUGGUAAAGAGAAACAUGACCUCACUGGGAUUAUGAUGGAGCCUUUAAAGACCAAUCAGGUUAUCUCUACUCGUGCUGAAAUACCAAUUGGCAAGGCAUGCUCCUCUCUUACAUCUGGAGACAUCAUCAAAUUUCUAACUGGAGACUUCAGAUUAAGCAAAGCUCGGUCAAAUGRUCUAUUCUGGGAAGCUGUUUGGCCCCGUUUGCUAGCAAGGGGCUGGCAUUCUGAGCAGCCUAAGGAUCAUGGUUUUGCUGGCUCUAAGCAUUCCUUGGUAUUUCUUGUACCUGGUGUCAAGAAGUUCUCAAGAAGGAGACUUACUAAAGGAAAUCACUACUUUGAUUCUGUUAGUGAUGUCUUGAGCAAAGUUGCAUCUGAGCCAUGGCUUCUUGAGCUUGAGGUUGAAGCAGUUAGAGGCAAUGGAAGCAAGGAAGAAUAUGGAUGGGAGACAGAAACCAAAUUGGACCAAGAUUGUCCAUCCAAUCGUCAACGCCAUUGUUAUCUUCGACCACGAUUACCAAAUUGUAAUUCAGAUCUCAUGAAAUUUACAGUUGUCGAUACCAGCAUGGUUCAUGGAGAAGGACCAUUCAAGGUGAGAGAACUGAGAAAUUUACCCGUCGACAUGACUAAUACUUCCAUUCCCACAAGUCUUUCAAGAGAAACUGAUGAGGAUAGCUCUGAGGAGCCAACAGAUGAGCCAGAUUCUGCUGACGUGUUGUCAAAUGAUCAAGCAAAUACCAACACUUCCAGCCCAAUGACGGUUAUCUUUGACAAGGGAGUGCACUCUGAUUUGUCAGAUUGUGUGCUUAGUGUUUCGGUGCAGGAGAAGCUAAUGAAUAACCCAGUUCCUAUGAAUUUCCCAGAGAACAAUCACAAGGAUCUGUCUGUCCAUAUGUCUAAUAACAARCAUCAGAGGAAGAACCAAUUUAGCCGGAGAGUGAAAUCUGGCCACUCAAACUCUCCAGGACAGGAGGAGCCCCAUUGCCAGUCAGACUCACCUGAUGGAAGUGAAAACAUGGUUUCUCAAAUGGGUAUGUCUCUGGAUAAGGCAUCAUCUACUAGCUCUUCUGCUAAAGACAAUCCAGAUGAGUGUUGCGAUGGCAUCUGCAAAGGCAUUCUUGGUCAGAACUAUUUCGGACCCAAGUCAAGGGGGUCAUCCAUUCCAUCUGAAAGACAGCACAUGGAGGAGUCAGAGGUGUUACAAACCUCAAACAACAUUGCUACCACAGAAGAGCAGCCUAUUGCAAAUGCUAGGAGGCAGAGCACUAGAAACCGGCCAUUGACCACUAGAGCCUUGGAAGCUCUUGCUUCUCGUUUCUUUAACACUAAACGGAGGAAGAGGAGCCCUGAUGCUCUGUCGCAUGAGAACUCAAUAUCAAGAGCUUCCAGGCGGAACCGAGGCAAGGUCAGAGUUUCUGGGAAUUCUGGUGGUGUUUCUACUAAGACUGUGAAUUCCAAGGCAGAGGAGGCAUUGGUUGAUGGUGAGUCUAAUACUAACACAAUCAUGAUUGACAAGUCUCUUCAGUCUGAGAGGAAAGGAGUUCACGAGUUAUUAGGGGUCCUUAGUCCUCCCUAUCCUCCUGAAGUAAUGAUGUGUAAAGAUGAUUUAUCUGGUUAGGUGGUGAUAUUCUAAUUUUCAAUGGGAUUGAAGAUGCAACAGUUUAGGAUGCUCUUUAAAGUGGUCCCAGUAGUUAGCAACUUGGCAUGCCUAUGAGCAUGUUAUCACUAUGUUUAACCAGUUAUCUGGGGGCAUCACCAUUUUUGGGAUGCUCUCAUGAUUCAUUAAUUUGUAGGAGUAUGGAUAUCUUUGUCACAUUUCCAACUUACUCCCAUAGGGCUGGUGUGGUAACUUGAAUGUUGCAAAGAGUCAUGACAUAGUGGCAUGCAGGUUGUCUACAAAGAUGUAGCAACAAGGAGGUGACCACGAGGAACAAGAAAGAUAAGAGGAGAUUUAAGGAGAGGCAUUUUUCAGGCAAGAAUUGACAGAUCUGUCAUUUCCCUUCUGUAAAGUUGACUUGCAGUCAUUGUGAAAGGGGUCUGAAAGGUUGCUGGAUGGCAAAGUUGAUUUUCAUGAUGAUGAGGAAGAUUAAAUUUUGAUUUGGUAGGUUUUGUUUGUAUUUCUGCAGAUGUUUGGCCUCAUUAUACAAGUGGACAUAUAUAAUUUAUUCAUUCCUGCAAUGUUGUAGUUUAUUUAUGUUCUGAUGGCUUCCAUCUAUUAUGGAUCAAAGCUUCUGCACUUUCCCUUUUUAUCCCA